UCAGUCUGUCUGUUCAGUGUGUGAUUAGUCUAGUCUGGUCUGAUCCUGUAUGUUUGUAGCAUUUAGCUGCAUCUUUUUUCGUAACAACCUUUAAUUGACCAAGGUUUGUCGAUUAGUGCUCAAUUUCAACCUAAGUAGUCACAAAGACCAACCGGAAAGAUGUCCACUGCUCUGGAGAGCUACAUAAACCGCACCGUGGCUAUUGUCACAUCUGAUGGACGCAUGAUCGUGGGCACCCUGAAAGGAUUUGAUCAGACCAUCAACUUGAUCCUGGAUGAGAGCCAUGAGCGAGUGUUCAGUUCUAGUCAAGGCGUGGAGCAGGUGGUGCUGGGACUGUACAUUGUUCGAGGCGAUAAUGUGGCAGUAAUUGGUGAGAUUGAUGAAGAGACGGAUUCCACACUGGAUUUAGGAAACAUUAGAGCUGAACCAUUAAACUCUGUUGUGCAUUGACCAUGGAUGUAUUUCUGGAAGGAAAAAAAAAAAAAAAAAAAAAAAAAAAACUUUAAGGACUGAUGAUUUAGAUAAAU